AUGUCCGACCCGCAAAGACUAGUCACGCACUGCGGCAACGAAAUCCGCCAGCUCGUCAACACCGAGAAGCUCCUGCGUGUCGCUAUGACCGACCUCAGAGCGAGCGCCAUGCGCUCAGACAGCUUCACACAGCGACAGGACGAAACAGAGUGGUCCAAAGUCGACAAGCUCAACGGGAAGAUUCAGGAAGAAGCCCACCAGGCUGCUGUGCAGCUUUCGUCAGCUAUCGACAUCUACCUCACCAUGCACGAUGAAGUCUCAGCCGAAGAGGUCGGCGAUCUGAUUGUCGAACUUGACGCUCUCAAGACGGAGCUGAACGGAUACCGGCUUGACCAGCAUGAUUCGCUCAGGAUCAUGAUUGCUCAUGCCUCACAGGUGGGAAAACAGCACGCCGAGGCUGUCCAGGAGCGCUUCGCAUUAGUAUCACAAAAGGUCGAGCACGCCAAUGCCGAGGUAUCAGCUCUUCAGAAGCAGUUGCAAGAUGACACGAAGAAGAAAUCAACCACUCGCGACCGCAGUGACAGCCGCUCCUCCGAGGAGCGUGAGAUCCGCCUGGUGCAAGACAAACUGGUCGAUGCCCAGAAGCGUCUCAAUGCUGCCCAGACUGCUGUGCGGAUUUACGACGGGAUAGACUGGGAGACGGCGACUACUCGCUUUAGUACGGUCCUGCGCUACCUAGAGAAAGAGCGGAAGGAAAUGAGCGCCCUACCCGAGCUCCGAAAGCAGCUGCUGAACGAGGUUGAUGCGUACCUGCUGGCUGCAGAGAGCUUCAAAGCCUAUCCAGGCGCGUCGAGACAUACUGCACUUCAGAACAUGCGACAGCGCCUGCUCUCGACGGCGCCAGCAUGGAGGGUGGUGGAGGAAUUGCUCGCUACCGGAUACGCCAAAGGUCACCUGUAG